AUGACUUUACCAAAGAGGAUCAUAAAGGAAACAGAACGUUUGAUACAAGAACCGGCGCCGGGUAUUAGUGCAACACCACAUGAGGAUAAUUUGCGUUACUUUGAUGUUAUUAUCGCCGGGCCUAGUCAAUCACCUUUUGAAGGUGGAGUAUUCAAAUUAGAACUAUUUCUUCCCGAUGAGUAUCCAAUGGCUCCGCCAAAGGUUCGAUUCCUCACGAAAAUAUAUCAUCCUAAUAUCGAUAAGCUAGGAAGAAUUUGUUUGGAUAUUCUGAAAGAUAAAUGGUCACCAGCCCUGCAAAUUCGUACAGUACUCUUAUCUAUACAAGCCUUAUUGUCCGCCCCGAAUCCCGAUGACCCUUUAGCAAAUGACGUGGCGCAACAUUGGAAAGAUAACGAAAAGGCUGCGAUUGCUACAGCUCGUGAAUGGACAC